GGCGGCGGUAUCGAGCGUGGGCGCGCCGCCCUAGCGGGCCCGAAGCCCUACAGUUCAGUCAGCGGGGAGGUCCGGCGCGCACGGUCGACUCGACGCUGCACGCCGCUCGCACGAGACACGCCACGCCACAUACUGCCAUACCGCGACAGCGCCAUGCACGUGUUCAAGUGCGCGUGAUAAACCAAUUUUUUAAAUACGUAUAUCUCAUAGACUGACCUAGCGAGUUGUCACUCAAAAAACUAUUUAAAUUGAUAGUGUGACAAAAUCUAGUAUGGUAUGUGACAGUAGACAAGUGAUUAUCGAAUAGUUUGCGUGUUUUCGGCGGCUUUAAGAAUACGUCAUGCUAUGGGAGAACGAUCGUCCUCAUAGGGCAGGUUGCUUGUUACAAUGGAGCUCGUUAAGUUAUAUCAGCAUACAAGCGCCCAACUGAAAGGCAAUUUCCACGGUGUAGAAGUACAUCGACAAUAUCGACAUGCCACCUAAGACACACACCGGCGUGGUAGGAGCUCUGCUCAGAGUCGCGCGGCCCCUUCUGUGACUAGUCAGGGCUCUCACCCACGGCACGGGCGGCGGAUUAGGCGUGGGGCGCGGCGCGUGGCGGCGGCGCGGGCGCGGGCGGCGCCAUGACGCGGCGCCCGCCACCAUGACGCUGCCGCCGCCCGCGCGCCCCGCGCACCCCGCCGCGCAUCGCGCAAUGCGCUAUUACCGCAUCUGGAUCUACGCGUGCAACGGCGCGCUGCUGUUGGGCGCGCUCGCGUUCUGCGCGGCGGCGGGCCGCGCGCUGACUGACUACCGCCGCGCUCUGGUUCCCGGCCUUGGGGCCGCUCAACCCGGCUUCCUUUACGGGUACGCUGCUUUGCCCGCACAAGCUGGCCUACUACAGCUACUGGGUUGUCUGGCAGCGUUACGCUUAUCUGAGCGCAUGUUGAAUGCCUAUUGGCUUGCUUUAUUGGCACUGCUGGUGGGUGACGCCGCUAUUGGAGUUUAUUGGGCAUUCAGAUUCGAGAGAGUUUGUAGAGAACUACGCCCACAGUUAAGAAUUCGACUCGCAAAAGAUUACGAUACAGAUUUGGAUUUCUCAGAAGCUUGGGAUCGACUUCAAAGAGAGCAGCGUUGUUGCGGAGUAACUGGUCCGGCCGACUUCGCCGCAUUCAACAAAACAACUCUGCCACCGAGUUGUUGCAGGAUCCCGGCGCAUACGCCCGCAGUAACGCCGUCACUCCUUGCCACUACUGCUGUUUCGCCCCCUGCGCCCUUUACAUCUGUGCACUGUGCACCGCAUACAGCCGCGUGUGCCGAACGACUACUCGUGUGGCUUCGACGAACUGCAGACGCGUUAUUUGUGCUAGGAUAUUGCGUUAUAGCAUUUUUAAAGUUGUGCUUCCUUGGAAUCCUCCGUUACGAAAUAAAGGAGAUGAUUCAGAAAAUUAGGAUAUUACGAAGCGAACUCGGAGCGGGCGAGCUUCUCGACGGUAGUCCAAUUCAUGGAGGUCCGCUUUCGCAAACUGUGAUAGUGAACGCAGUAAACGCAAAUGGUGGAGUGCGGGCCCACGGUGGAAGCCCUGAGCGCGCGGGAGAACGAGAUGCUCUACUAGGUCGCGCGUCAGAUUCCUGUCCCAGGCGAAGUAUACACGAUGAACCCCUCGGUCCCAAGACGGUCAAUGGAAAUAACAACUGUGAGAUGCGCGAAUUGGCUCGCGGAGAAUAUAGACCAUUGGCGGCAGACAGCGCGGCGACUAGGAUCUGACUAAGAUGUUAUCUGGAGCGGCUGUUCGGGCGGCGAUGGCGGUCAUUCCCGACCGCCGGCUGCGAGGUAGACCUACCGCCGCUGCGUGCCGCGCCGGUGUGCGUGCGCCGCGCUGCUGCCGGUGCCCACGUGCGCCUCGACCACCGCCGUCACACCCGCUCCGAGUUCGAGCUGUGAGCUCUGCGCGCGGCUGCCAGCUUCUGGGGUUACUUAAUUCCGAUCAUAUAAAUUGGGUCUUUAAAAUGGCAGAUACAUAACAUUAAUUCAAUUUCAUAUAUCUAGCUCUGAAUGGAUCUAUUUAUUGGGUUAUUGCGAACUGAAAAUGCCUUUAAAAUAAAAUUAUUCGUGACCAAUAUCGUCAAUUUUGCAUACUGUCUGUUACCAUGUUAAAAGUUAUGUAUGAUCGGCGGAGAUAACCCAGCUUCUGCAUCGUGCGUGUCAUCGCUAUUGUCAAUUGCGAUACCGAAACGAUUCGGUGUGACUCUGUACGUUAACGUUUAUAGUGGUAACCGAGUCCAAUCAGUUUCAGGCGACGCAAAUAUGUGUUAGAGUGUCUUUAAAUAAGAAAUUAAACCGUGAGAUAUGAAAGUGCAACGGACGAGAAAUGUAGUGUUUAACAAUUUAGACGAGAUGAUUCCCACGAGCAAAGCUUGUGUUUAGUUCCUACGCUUGGCAGUAAAUAUUUCGUUACAAAUAGAGGUAUACGUUCGUUUUAUGCUAUACAGGGAAACGGAAAUGAUAAUGAGGGUUUCAAACGAGUGAUCAUUAGAAUUUGUGAGCACACAUAAAGGUGAGAAAUGGAGGUCUAUUAGACUGCCAGAACAUCCAAAGUGCAUCAGAUAUAGAGAUACAUUUUAAACUACCAAAAAUGAUAAUGAAAUAAAAUGUUACUUAGCGCUAAGUCCCAGCAGCUUUUAGUUGUACCCAUAGCUUUAUGAGUCAACCAUAUAUUUAUAAGAUCCCCGUUAUACUUUAUCUACACAAAUAAUGUAUUAGAUUUGAGAUUUGAUUUAUGUUUACAAGCAUCUACCAGUUGCAUAAAUCAACUUUUGCGGAGUGUAGACGAAUUCCGCUGAUAGACUUAGUUUAGUGGAAACGAAUUAUAAUUUGUCUUUAUAUUCAUACCCAUGUUCCGACCAGUAUUCAUAGCUCUAGAUUAGUAUCUAUAUAAACAUAACCACUCUGCUUUGAUUAGCGACACGUGCUUAAAUCACAAUUAAAAUACUUUAAUAAGCCUUUUUUGUGUUACAACAUAUAGUUAUUAAAAAUUGUCCGUUUCUUUCCCAAAUUCUCAAAUCGGAUCCACAAGCCCUACUCACAGUCCGUUAUAAAAGUAAAAUAAAGAAA